AUGGCUGGCGGUGCCGUCAAGUACCGCCAUCUGAGCCGCAACUCGUCUGCGCGCCAGGCUCUGCUGCGCGGCCUCGUCACCCAGCUGGUCCAGUAUGAGCACAUCCAGACGACGUACGCGAAAGCCAAGGAGGCCCAGCGCAUGGCCGACAAGCUCAUCACUCUCGCCAAGAGGAACAAUGAACCCUGCAGACGGUCUGCCCAAGGCAUUCUCUACACGCCGCACGUCCUCCUCCCCAAGCUCUUCGGCGAGCUGCGGAAUCGGUACCUUGCCCGUGAGGGAGGCUACACUCGCGUCGUCCGCACCGAACCCAAAAAUACGUACGAUCAGGGCGAGAGUGCCAUCCUCGAAUUCGUCGACGGCCCCAAGGACUCGCGCUUCAUGAUGACGGCCAAAACCCUGGCCAGAGACCGCCUCCUCGGUCGCCAGUCCACCCCCGUGACGAACCAGAACGUAAAGAAGGUGACCCAGUUUCGGGGUCAGGAGGACCUCGAGGCCAUGGUCCAGCGCUUCAUGGCCAUGCAGACGAGCCUGGACGGCGCGCCCUCCGAGGAAGUCAACGAUGGCGAGGCCACUUACAUGGCCCGGAUGGAGAGCCUGGCGGCCGAGGGCAUGGCGGCCGAAAUAGUGCCCCCCUCCGCAAAAAAGACGGCCGACGGGCCUCGGCAACGGACGAGGUGA